CGCUCGCAACUAUCGAUUGUUAUAAAAAAAAAAACACAAAACAAAUUCUCUAAAUCAACGAAAACAAUUAACAUUUUGCCCCUCACUGAACUAACAGAAGGGAAAUGUUCUGCGGCUCAAUGCAAACACCAAACACAAAGAAAGCGCAGCGCAAAAUGUGUGAAAACUCAUUGAAAGGCAACAAAUUCUAAUUGGAAAGCACAGUCACUCUGACUGCAAGAGAGAGUGGGAGAGGGAGAGGGAGAGGGAGAGAGGGAGAAACAAAUUAGAAAAAUAUGUCAGCGUCUGACAAACGAACUGUCAAAAUGACAGACGCGUCAAUAAAGCAGCGCGUGAAUGAACAGCGAAAUGUUGCUGCGGCAGCAACGAAAUUGCUGCAUUUAUGCAUCUUUCUAGUCUGCAUAACACACACGCUGCAACAUGCCAUGCCUGCGGGCAACAUGUUGCAACAACAACAUCAGCAGCAGCAACGGCAGCGACAGCAACAGCAACAAAAGCAAAUAACUAGUGUAAAUAGCAGUGUAAAUAUCAAUAUAAGCAGCAAUUUCAAUGAAAUUGUCACGGCCACGGCGACAGCAACAGCUGCUGCUGCUAGUACAACAACAGCAACAACGCCAGCGCGUCGCAACAAAUGGCGUCGCAAAUUUGUGGGCAACAACAACAGCAGCAACAAGCGACGUAAGCUAAUGCGACCGCAUCAUUAUCAGCGCAAUGUGACACAUGCGACACGCACAACAACAGCAACAGCAACAGCAACAAUUGCUAGCAGCGCAACAGCAACAACUAUAAUACCAAAGACUCAGCAGCAGCAGCAGCAACACAUCAGUUAUCGUACGCGUUUACACAGCAGCUACCAGCAACAGCAACAACAUGUUGCUGGCUUGCAGCAGCAGCAGCACAUUGUAGCCAUAACGCCGCGACCGCUAAAGCAACAGCAACAGCAACAGCAACAUGCCUUUGCGCUGCUGCCUGGCAGCUACUAUCAGCAGCAGCAGCAGCAGCAACUCUUUGGCAAUCUGAGCCGGCAGCAGCAGCAACAGCAGCAACACUUUCUCAUACACCCCAACAGCAACAAUAUUGUGCUAUAUAACAAUCUGGACAGCCUGCCACCCUGUCCACCGGGUAUGCGUCUGGUGCCACAACAUUUUAUACCCCUGCGACCAACAGCAACGACGCCAACAACACAGCGCUCGAGGCAACGCGAUUGUCAAUGCAGUCCGGUGGGUUCUUUGUCAACAGCCUGUGACAAGCGCUCCGGGCAAUGCUCCUGCCUGUUGAACGUAGCUGGCCGUCGCUGCGACAAGUGCAAGGCGGGACACUGGAACCUGACGCAGGGCGUCGGCUGUCACGACUGCCAAUGCGAUCCGCACGGUGCUCGCGGACACGAAUGCAAUCCGUGGACGGGCCAAUGUGAUUGCAAAAUAGGCGUUGGAGGCAGGCAUUGCAAUGAAUGCACCGAAGGCUUCUAUGGCUUUAGCACGGAUGGCUGUCAAAGGUGUGCAGCAUGUGCAGCAGAGGGCCAGGUCUGUGAUCCGCUCAAUGGCCGCUGUAUAUGCCCCAAGUAUACGCGAGGCUUGGGCUGCGGGCAAUGUGUGCCCGGCACCUGGGGCUGGCAGGCACGUCUGGGCUGUCGCGAAUGCGAAUGCGAUCACAUCGGGUCCAUUGGCCAACAAUGUGCCGCAGUGGGAGGUCAAUGCCAGUGCCGUGAGGGCUACACGGGACGCAAUUGCAACAGCUGUGCCGUUGGCUACUUCGGCUAUCCGGAGUGCCGGCGCUGCGGCUGCGAUGCAGCUGGUUCCUUUACACGGGCAGACGGACUCAUUGCUUGUGACUCGAACGGUCAAUGCCAGUGCAAAUCACUCGUGGUGGGCCUCAAGUGCGAUACCUGCAUGCAGAGCACAUUUGGCUUAUCUGCACUCAAUCCCGAGGGCUGCACUCGCUGCUUCUGCUUCGGACGCGCCGCCGAGUGCGAGCAGAGUCCACUUUCCUGGGGCCACAUACGCAUGCCGGAGGCUCGAAAUCUCAGCGUCCAACAACUACGCCCACAACACGUGCCCAACGGAGACUUUGAGUACAUUGUGGUGGUGCAAAUGGCGGGCAGCGUCUCCUAUCGCGAGGAUGCGGAAAUACAGCGAAUGAAUGAUUUGAGUCUAGUGCCACGCUCCACAGGCAACGUAUCCAUUGGAGCCUAUGCCCAAUUCUAUCAGCCGCUCUACUUCCAGCUGCCACCACAGUUCUAUGGCGAUCGCACCACCAGCUAUGGUGGCUAUCUCUACUUUUCGCUUGUCACCGAUGGCGCACAGAUGCCGCUCGAAAGGAAGAUAUUGUCACAGUAUCCGCUCGUUCAGCUGCACGCGCACUCGAAGCUCGUUUUGGACUUUUACGAGCACGAGGAAUUCGAGUAUUCGCUAAAUGUGACACAUCGCGUGCCCCUGCACGAAUCCUAUUGGAAGUAUCAUCAGAACAACCAGGUGGUGGAUCGAGGCACAUUGAUGGCAGCGCUGCAGAAUGUGAGGCAUAUAUUUCUGCGCGCCUUCGCCUUUGCAGAUUUUCAGCAAGUUAUCUUGCACAGCGUUCACAUGGAUGCUGCGAUUUAUGUGCAGGGCUCCACUAAUCUGCUGGCCAAGGGAGUGGAGCAGUGCAAGUGCCCAAAACGUUUCGAUGGGCUGUCCUGCCAGGAUCCGGGCCGCUCCUUUUACCGUUGGCGCAACACCAGCGACGUGGAAAGCGUUUUUAUCGAAGAUUUGAUUGGACGUGCUGCACCGUGUCAUUGCAAUGGACGCAGCAGUGAUUGCGAUCGCGAAACCGGCGUUUGCUUGAAUUGUCGUGAUAAUAGUGGCGGUGCGCAUUGCCAGCACUGCGCCGACGGCUACUAUGGAGAUCCAAAUUCGCGACACGGCUGCCAGGCUUGCCCCUGUCCGGAGACGAAUCGCAAUUUUGCACGCGGUUGCAACGUGCGAGAGGGUGAAGUGAGCUGUGUGUGCAAGCCCGGCUACACGGGCCGCCUAUGCGAGCACUGUCACGCGGGCUAUUUUGGCAAUCCGAUGCAAUAUCCGAAUAGCAGUUGCCAGGCGUGCAACUGCCAUGUGGAUGGCAUACGCGCCGAGGGCUGUGAUGCACAGACGGGACAGUGUUACUGCCGUGAAGGUGUUACAGGCCUCAAAUGUGACAAAUGUGUGGCUCAGCGACAUCAUUUGGAAGAGCACGGCUGCAAGGUUUGCGACAACUGCACGUUGCUGCUGCUGGACUAUGUGGAGCUGGUGGGUCACAAGCUGCGCCGCGGACUGCACAACAUGGAUUUGACUGGCAUUCCGGCACCUUAUCUCAAGUUAAGUGAAUACGAGCACGCCUACAGGCAUUGGCGUGCACGCCAGCAGGAUGUAAGCCAAGCCAGGCAGCUGCUAUUGGGCUACGAUAUGGGCGGUCUGCUCAAAAUGGAUGCACAUGCGGAAAAUAACAAAUUUCAGUCCAGGAAAGCUUUGGCCACUAUUGGCAAACGGCAGCAUGCCCUGCAGUCCAUGCAGGAAACAGCUUUGGUGCUGCAUCAGGAUGUGCGCAACUUACGUGGCGAACAAAUGCAAACGUUGCAGGAUUUGCGCAAUUAUGGAACGGCUGCCCAUCAUCUCAGUCUACCCACGGCGCUGAAACAGGCGCAUUUCUAUCUGCAGGCCAUUCAGCAGCAUCAUCAGCUGGUGCAAGAUAUACGCAGCUCCAGCGAUUGUGCCUGGCAGCUGUUCUAUACGACAGGCAAUGCUUCCGAUGCGGCUUACGAUCAACGAGCGAGCCUCGAGAUGCUCUGGCGUGAUUUGAAUCAAACCAAUUAUCGUGUGGCAGAUAUGCGACUGCACCUCGAUAGAACUCAAGAUGUAGAGAGCGAAGCGGACGACGUGCUCGAACAUGUGCGCAAUCUAAGCGGCCAUGUAGCCGAGCAGUAUCAGCAGUUGAACGAACUGGACCAACACAUACAGCAGCAGUUGAAUCAGAGUCAAGUUGAGCAGGGCCACAGGAAUCUUGAAACAGCCGCUGAGCAUCAGCUGCAACUUAAUGAGCAGCGACGACAGCUGGCUGCUGCAGCUGCUCAGCUGAAUGAUACGCUCUUGUUUGAGUUGGAGUUGCAGCGCGAGGUGCGCAAGCAUUGGCUGCCCAAGGCAGAGAAGCAUGCAACACGCCUGCUCGAACGCUCCAAUGAAUAUGCCAAACAGUUUCAACCGACGCGCAAUGCAGCACGCAUUGCCAUGUUGGCCAGCUCUGCACACAGCAACAUUUCUUUAGCCAUUGCAGCAGCGCAGCAAGCAUCGCUGCUGGCCAAGGAGCGCGUGUAUGAGGCACAACACACACUGUAUCCCAGCGAUGGCAGCUCCAUGAUAGAACGUGCCAAGCACUCGCUGCAGCGUUCCAAGCAGCUGCAACGUGAGGCACUGCAGCAAAUGCAAAAGUCCACAAUACUCAAAGGCAAGCUGCAGUAUCAGGAGCAGCAAGUGGAAGGCAUUAAACGCACCAUCUUUCAGACAGGACAGCGAAGCAAUAAUAUCACAAGCCAAUUGCAGCUGCUCACGAACAGUUCGGCUCGGCGUAAUGCCCAGGAGAGCAUGAAAGUGGCACAGCAUACUAGCGACGAGAUGCGCCAAGAGUUGCGGAAAGCGAAAGAGCUGCAACAAUCCAUACAGCAAAUGCGCACAUCGUUUGCCAUGCUCGAGCCGGACUGGGAAAUCAAGCUGGGCAUGGCUGAGGAGAAUAUUUCGCUGACGAAAACGAAUUUGCGAUUGGCCAAUGUUUCGCUUAGCUAUAUCGAGCAGCAGGCGGUCAAGGAGCAGCAGACCUUUGAACAGUGGAACAAUAGCGUGGCCAGUCAGCUGCAGCAGCUGAGAGAUCAAAUAGCCAAGGCUAGGCAUGCAGCAGAAGCGAUUGACGUCUCGCUGGAGUCGCUGGGACCCAAGUGCAGUCGCAGCUUUUUGCCCGUUUCCUAUGGCCUGAGCACGUCCAAUUCUUUACGUCUAAGCUUCGGUCUUUCGAAUCACAUGGGCAAUUCUCCGCUAUUGCAUGUGCAGGGCAGCGAGGGUCGACACAUCACAUUGGAAUUGCACAAGAGACAUGUGCGUCUGAUUUGGUAUUUGGGCGGCAGCACAACGACCAUAACGCAUCCGCUCGAGGUGCAGACGCGUGAUCCCAAAUACGAUGAUGCUUGGUAUCAAGUGGAAGCGAAUCGUACAUUGAAUUUGGGCAGCCUGCUGGUGCGUCGCAUGAACAACUUUGGGGCACUGAUGCCGGGUUCCCCAGUCACGGGCUCCACAGAUGCGGAGCACACGCGUUUCUAUCAGACGCACGACGAACGCAUUUUACUGGGCGGCCAAGCUUCCAAAGAGCAAACACCAGGUCUUAAUGUCGUUGUACAUCAGGUGGAGGUGGACAAUAAACCACUGGGCAUAUGGAACUUUAUAAGCAGCGAAGGACGCUGUGGUGGUGCCAUGAUUGGCGCAAGGGAAUCGUCUGCCUCCUCUGUGGCCCGGCACUUCAAUGGCCUGGGCUAUGCGCAGCUAAAGAAGACACGACCGCGCCCCUAUCGCAAGAAUCUAUUUGCGCUGCAGAUGACUUUCCGCACGCUGGACGAGAAUGCUUUGCUCUUCCUGGCGGUUGAUGACAAAAAUAACCGCUCCGUCUCGGUCACAUUGAGUCGCGGUCGCAUCAUGUUCCGCAUCGACUAUGGCGACGAGUCCAAGCUGGAGAUUAACACCACCAAAAAGUAUAACACUGGCCAGUGGAUCAAAAUCGAGGCGGCACGAGAGUUCUCCACACGACGCAGCACCGAAAAUGGAAUGCUGCGCGUAAACAAUGAUCGCCCCAUCUCCGGCGCACCCACAUUGCCCGUGAAGAGUCACAUGCUGCCGGACUUGUCCAAGGCGGUUUAUUAUCUGGGAGGCGUGCCACCAGGCUUUACUUCGGGCACCACUAAAGCGCCCGGCGCAGACAAUCCUUUCCUUGGCUGCAUGAUGGAUGUGCAGGUCAAUGGCGAGACUUACGAUCCGCUCGAGAGCUCUACCUACUUUGGCGUGGAGCCUUCCUGCAAGGACAUGAUUACAAAAGCUGGCUUUUCGGGCAAUGGGUACUUGGAGCUGCCUUCGCAGUCACUGCGCAAAAGGGCCCAUGCGGCUAUAGUUUUCCGCACACUUCAAGCUGAUUGUUUGCUGCUGCUGGCCGCCUAUCCACCUGAAGUGCUGGCUGACUAUGAUGCAAAGGAUAUUAAGGGCAACUAUUCGAUGAGUCUGGUUGACGGACAGCUGCAGGUGUGGAUCAAUUCAGGGCGCAGUUUCAUCAAAAUGUUCUCCAACGAUAGUCAUCUCAAUGACGGCGAGCUGCAUGUCAUCAAUCUAAUUAAGACUGGACGACGCUUGGAGCUGAUGGUGGACGAUGAACUGCAGGAGGUGCGCACACUGACGGGCACGCCCUCAUUCAUCAGCCUGCCACAGGAUGCGGGAGGUCUCUACAUAGGCGGUGCACCACCCCACGAAAUGUACACACCUCUAGCGCCAACCUUUGUGAAGCUGGAGGGUGCUGUACGGGACGUUGUGUUCAAUAAUCGUACGAUUAAUUUUAAUGAUGCCUUGACCUUUGUCAAUGUCCAAAUUGGCCGCAAUGGUCCGGUCAUGGGCAGUCCCAAGGGCGCACUCUACGAUGUGCUGCUCAAGACGGAGCCGAUGAUUGGGAAGAGUUUCACCGCCUCGCCGGAGGGCUGCAAGCGGAUCGGCAGCUACUCCUACGAACCGAAUGCCUUCAAGUUCGGCGACGAGCUCUAUAGCUAUUCGCAGCUAAAGCUGCCCGAACGUCAUUUCUGGCAGCGCAACUUUCAACUGAGCUUCGAGUUUCGUUCCUUCUAUCCCAAUGGCAUGCUCUAUUUGUCGCCGGGCAGCAAGGAGAAGCACAAGCAUUAUGUCACCCUGCUGCUUAAGGAUGGCCAGCUGGUUCUGAUAGUGCGUGGUCGACGGCGCGAGGAGCUGCUGCUGACCGCGAAGCUAAACGAUGGCGAAUGGCAUCGGGUUACGGUCAGCUGCCACGAUCGCAAAGUUACGCUGAGCGUAGAGAUCGGACGCACAGACCAAAAGACUUCGGCUCAAAUGAAGGUGCCCAAGAAAAUAGGCGCCUCACAGCUCAUGCUGGUGGGUGGCCUGCCCCAGGCACCGGUCAAGGUGCCCUCGGAGCUGUACAUGCGUCUGGAGCCAUUCAAAGGCUGUUUGCGUCGAUUUAGCAUCAACAAUAGCACACAGGAUCUGGCACGGCCGGGCAAGCAUGCAAAUGUGGGCCAAUGUUUUCCGAAGGUUGAGCGAGGAAGCUACUUUCCAGGCGAUGCCUAUGCCAUAUACAAGAGAAACUUUCACGUGGCGAAAUAUUUGGAACUGGAACUGGAAUUUCGCACCUCUGAGCUAUCCGGCAUAUUGCUAAGCGUAUCCGAACCCAACAACUUCCCGUCACUCUCCCUGGAGCUGAGCAAUGGCAAUAUCGUUUUCUCUUGUGAUCUGGGCGAUGGUGUGCCCUUCCGCGUGGAGUCUAAGCUGCCGGGCAAAUAUGCGCUCUGCGACAACAAAUGGCACAAUAUCUCCGCACUCUAUGAUGGUGAACAGAUUGCACUGAGAAUCGAUCAGCUGCCCGCCACGAUUAACAUGUCGAACCAACGCAAUGCGGGCAAAGUGCAAACACGUUCGCCGCUCUACAUAGGCGGACUGCCAGAUAUUGCGCCUAGUGGCUGUUUGUUGGCUCGCGACAACUUCAAGGGCUGCAUACGUAAUGUGUCCAUACGCAAUGAGAGACGCGAUUGGAUCGAUAUGGAUGAUCUGCACAAUGUGCUGCUCAGCGAGUGUCUUGUCUCCAGCGAUGAUUAACUAUAUCUAUAGCUAAAUAUUUAUAGAUCGCGGAACAUUUUCUGGUUCCUGUUGUUGAUGCCACACCAAAACUUUUUCCAAAUGCAUUGUGAUCAAAUAUGAGUUUUAGCUCUUAAGCCAUAGAGUUAGACAACGUCCAGUUCAUAGCAUAUCACUGCCAUAUAAGUAAUAUUUACCUAGCUAUACGUUUAGCCAGUGACUGCAUUUCAUAUACUAUAUACAUGUAUU